AUGGAGGUGACCAAACAUGAGUGGAUGGAGAACCGAUGUGCUGUUCCUUUUGACAUCAAAUAUAAUGAUGUCACCAUGGACUUAUCUACGAGUCUUGGGUUCAGCAAUGCGCUUUUUCACACCUUGAACCUGGACAUUGGAUCUGGGAAAAUGACUGCUCCAGUCUGCUCGACCUUUGUCUUCAUGUCGAUGGGCAGUACUUUGCGAACUCGUGGAAACCCUUUGGGACGGCAGGACAGUCCAGCUGUUCAAAUGGGGAACCUGCUGUGUUCCAGAGCCAUAGUCCUCCUGGUCCUAUGCGCCUGUAAAGGCAUUUUUUGGUGUUUGGAACAACCAAGCUCAUCAACAAUGGAAUUUCACCCGCUCUUUCAAAGCUUCUUACGUCUCACCACAGUCAGACGCCUGAUGAUUCGUAUGAGCCAAUUUGGCGCACCCACGCCAAAGCGGACGCUCCUUUAUGCCAGUCACAGAUGCAUCUCGCAGAUCCUCGACUUCACUGUGCCCGAGGACUUGCAGUCACGGGAAAUGGUGGUCCAAUAUACCAGCGAAGAUGGGAAGGUUCGAUUUCAUGGUGGACAACAUCUCAAAAGCUCAGAAUCGUACCCUGCAGGGUUUGGGAGAGCCCUUUCGAAAGUGCGCUCCCAGAACCAGAAGAAGAACCGUCGUUUGGCCCUUGAAUUUUUCAGGAGGGCUAAGAAGAGUGCCAACUCCAUGGAUUCCAGACCACGGGUAAACAGACUGUGGUCGGAACAUGCCCAGCUGCAAAAGUCUGCAGCCUCAAGCUCUGCCUCUACCAAGGUAGCAAAGCAGCACCUCAAGCCCUCGAGGAGCACCCGGGAACCUAGCAGGAAAAGAAAAGCAGAAGUUCAUGUCGACUCCGAGGUCAAUGCAAAGAAGGCAAAGGUGGAAGCGGCAAAGUCUUCAGGAAAGAAGGCAGCAGUGGAAGAUUCGAAGAAGUCAAAAGGCUUUAAGAAGAAAGAGGAGAAUGCCAAGACAAAGGCAACGGUGGAGGAUACCAAGACAAAAGCAGCUGUGAAAGACAAGACAGGCAAGAAAGACAAGCAAGACAAGAAAGACAAGAAGGACAAGAAGGCUGCUGAGGUUGUCCAAGACAAGCAAGUUCGACCGGAGCCAGAGGUGAAGGAAAAGAAGGAGAAAAAGGAGAAAAAGGAGAAGAAGGACAAGAAUGAAAAGAAUGAGAAGGAACUGAAGACAGAGAAGCCUGAGUCUGGCCAUGGAAAGGAAAGAAAGAGCAAUGAGAAGGAGAAGAAGGAGAAAAAAGAGCCUCCUAUUCAGUUUGUUCCUGCACAGGCUGAGAAGAUUGCACCAAUCUUCACCCCGCCGACAAAGAAGGCUUUGGCUGAGGCAAGGCUGCGAGACCUUGCAGAGCACCUCCAGAACCUGAGUGAUGACGAGUUGGACUUGGAAACAACAGAAAGCGAAGGCAAACUCUUGAAUGGUGACAUGGAGGAUGUUUCCCUCAAGGAAGCAGAUGAUGAGGUUCCACCAGCUUCAGAGGCUGAGAGCGAUGACGAGGAUGAAGAAUCAAGUGGAGAUGAGAAUGAAGAUGAGGAACCUGUUGAUGACAUCGACCCCUCUGAGGAAAGUUCACCUGAGGACGAAGAGUCCAGCCAGGACAUGGAGAAUGAAGAGAGCGAGGCUGACACGACCGGAGAUGAAGGAGAAGACGAUGAUGAAAGCACGAAGCAGCUGGAGCUUGCACCUGUGGAGACGCAGCAGGAGCAGAAAGCACCUGACCCCAACUUGCAUGCCUUGGUCCCGGUCGCAGCGGCCACAGGGGAGCAAAGCAUCACCUUGCGCAAUAGCGCUUCGAACAAGCGCGAGUGGGAUGCCUAUGUCCGAGCCGCUGGGAACCGGUCCAAGUUCCCAGUGCAGUUGGCCGAGUUCUACAGCACCAACAAAACGGAGUUGUUCAACUUCUGGUUGGACUCUGGACGGGAUUGGUCCAAAUGUGUCCUCAAAGUCCAGCGCACAGUCCAAGCCAGGAACCGAGCCACCAAAGGAUGGGAAGCCAUUCAAGGAAAGGAAAUUCGCAAGAAGAUGAGUGAAGAGAAGUUCUUGAAAGUCGUGGAGGCGCGCGAAGCUGCAGGCCUCUUUUACGAGGAUGAGGACUUUCCCGGCGACGUGGAGGAGACUUGGUUUUUCAUGCGAUCUGGGCAGAAGUUUGAACGACACGAUGAGACUCUUGAGGGCAUGGAGCUGACUGCUUCUUCGACGAUUGACCAGGAAAUGCGCCAGGUUCUUACUGAUGAGGAUGGAGGGAUGAUGCGGUCUGGCCUUCUUCCAAAGGUUGACACAGCAACAACAGCAGGAAGCAAGUCUCUGCUGGCUUCGAUCAACCAGCAGGUGGCAGCUGCGCCAAAGCGAAGUGCAAAGGACAAGCGUGAAGCUGAAAAGGUCACUCCUAAGACCCCCAAACAGGAGGCUGAGGAGUACAUGGCUGAGAUGUUGAAAAGUGCGGCCAGUGCCCGGGGUGCGCACAUCAAAUUGACCAAUGUACCAUAUGGAAAGGAUCUUGCCAAAGAACUCUUGCAAUUUGCCGAAGCCACGGAAAGUCUCUACAAGCAGCUUCAGGGGGCCCUUGAUGGGGAUACCAAAACCCUUGUGCAUCUCCUUGGCCAAGCGAAGCAGAAAGAGGAAGAAGGAUCAAAGGCCAAGGCUUGGCUAUUGGUCUAUGCAUGA